AUGGAAGCUCUAUCGGGACGUUCCUUUGGUAAAGAGGCUGUGACACUUGUGGAUAAGUCCACACUACGCAGGACACGCGCACUUGCUACGGCUGCAGCAAGGUGGGGCACGUCAUGGCUGACCGUCGCAGUAAAUGGACCGGCGGUGGGAACGGUGGUAGUCGCAGCAGGCGUGAUGGUACACGGUGCUUUACGUAUAGAAGGCAAAGAAAGGUUGGGGUUACGCGCACUUAAGAAAGACCUAGCAAUAAAGAUAGGUGACGAUGGUGAGACUGAGGCUGAAAGCUGGAUACUCGACAGUGUUUUCAGCCUUUACCUCGUCAAAAAUCCCACUCUGGAACAUUACGCACAAAAUUUUGAAGUACAUUGUCACAUUGCUGGUGGCAAAACGAUAAGGCUGAAGCGGGUCGAUAACGUGGUGCUGACGGUGCUGGUGAAGGGUAAGCAGCAAAAUGUGACGUUGAAUGAGGUCUUCCUUGCGCCUGAGCUAGCACGCAACGUUAUUGCACAAGGCAAGCUCGAGUACGAUUUUUUGGCUCUGUCUACGAUGAGGCGACGUGGAUUCUGGCAAGACAGUGAUGGGGCGAAGUAG